AUGUCACCUCUACUGAUUCUCGAUCCACGACAACCACUUUCGAUCGAUUCAUUUGAAUUUCUUUAUCAAGCUCUUGCUAAAGAAAUCAAUUCAAUCUAUGCACCCGUCCGUGAUGGUCUUGCCCUUCUUGCUGGUUGUUAUAUUUUGAAAAAGUUACUACCUGUUCCAUAUUAUUGCUAUAGAACUAUCAAACUUUACUUUAUUCCUUACAAAAUCAAUGCAGUUCUAUUGAAAAGACCGGUCACGACGCAUUCACAAAAUAAUGAUUUGUCAUUACCCGAUCAUGAUGAGCACUGGGCGCUGAUCAAUGAUUGUACGACGCCGAGCGGUUGUGCAUUUGCACAGAAUCUUGCAAAACGAGGAUACAACUUAAUCUUGGUUUCCACCGAAGAACUACAAGAAGAAUUAAAACUGCUUUCAACACACAUCGAACGGACAUUUCUCAUUCGAACUGUCACUGUUCUAUAUCGCUGGAACAGUCCACAGCAACCAUUAGAGUUAACUUCUCCAGUCACAUCAAUCUCAGGAACAUGGUCGACUACCACUCCGCCUACAGUUGGUCAAACGUCAUUGACAAAAAAAUUCCAUCGAGCUGGAUCAUUCGAUCGUCUUGAGACAAUCGAAACUAUCGCACGAAAUGGUAACCUCGUUCUGUACGUCAAUUGCACAAGACCAUUCAAUGAUCAAAAUCUCUCGAAAACAAUCAAUCCAGCUGAGUUUCAAUCCAUUGUUAAUAAUUAUCUAAUUCCACCAAUGCAACUAGCCUAUAUUGUCCUUCCUUUCAUGUCAGUUCGUCAUCAACCUGCGUAUGUAUUGAAUGUUGUACCACACCAAUCCUGUCUCAGUUCCACCCUUCACCGUCUGUUAACCAUCUAUUUCGACGCACGAAAAGACGAAUACUCCAAUCGUGGUUUACUUCAUUUUCAAACAGUUUAUCUGCCGAUUCGAUGGUUACGUUCGUCUACCGAUGUUCGAACAGUUGAGAAUUUUCCAAAAUAUAUUUUAUCAAAAUAUGGCUUGAAUGAAAAUGACAAAUUAAUCUGGGGCUCAUGUAGACCGCAAGUCUAUGUUGAUACAAUUCUUCGUCAACUAGGUCGAUGUGAUCGCAGUGCUGGCUAUUGGUUAAAUGCACUUCAUUUGACUUGUCUUUCAGUCCUACCUCGAUGUGUUUCUCAUAAGCUAAUCGAUUAUUGGCUUAUGACGAAAUGA